UCUGCCUCUCCCAUUCAUUCGUACACAUAGGCUCACAUGCCUGCUCUCUCCCCUCUUCCUCUCAGAAUGACAAUUCUGUGUACAGCUUUUGGUAUGCUUUUCUAUUUACUUCAUGCCGUUUCUGGAGAAAGUGGCUAUGCGCAGAAUGGUUUGUUCCUCCCCAGGAGAUGAUGAAGAUGCAGAGCUAGAUGACUACGCGUUCUCGUGUUAUAGUCAAUUGGAGGUGGAUGGAUCCAAGCACUCGCUGACCUGUGCUUUUGAUGACCCAGAUGUCAACAGCACCAACCUGGAAUUUGAAAUUUGUGAGGCCCUUAUAGAGCAAAAAUGCCUGGAUUUGAAUAAAUUUCAAGAGAAGUAUUUCAUCAAGACAAAUAAAUUCCUGCUGAUUGGAUAUAGCAAAAUAUGUGUGAAACUUGGAGGAAAGAACAAAACAUGCAAGAAAAUGAGCAUAGUCAGGAUAGUGAAGCCUGAGGAUCCUUUUGAUGUAAGAGUCAUCUAUCGAGAGGGAGCAAAUGACUUUUUAUUGACAUUUAAUACAUCACACUUUCAAAAGAAGUAUGUAAGACAAAAACAUUUAGUGCAUGAUGUAGCCUAUCGCCAGGAAAAACAUGAAAAUGACUGGAAGCAUGUGAAUUUAACAGCUACAACGCUGACACUCCCGCAGAGAAAGCUACAACCUGAUGCAAUGUAUGAGGUUAAAGUCCGAUCCAUCCCUAAUGGAGACUAUUUUGAAGGCUCCUGGAGUGGAUGGAGCCCAAGUUACCACUUCAGAACUCCAGAGACCAGUGGCACAGGAGAGAUGGAUCCUAUUUUACUAAUUAUCAUCAUUCUAAGUUUCUUCUCUGUGGCUCUGUUGGUUAUCUUGGCCUGUGUGUUGUGGGAAAAAAGAAUUAAGCCUCUUGUGUGGCCCAGUCUCCCUGAUCAUAAGAAGACUCUGGAACAACUGUGUAAGACACCAAAAAAGAAUUUGAAUGUGAGUUUCAAUCCUGAAAGUUUCCUGGACUGCCAGAUUCAUAAAGUGGAUGACAUUCAAGCUAGAGAGGAAGCAGAGGACUUUCUGCAGGAUGCUUUUCUUGCACAACCAGAGGAGUCGGAGAAGCAGAGGCUUGUAGGGGGCAUGCAGGUCUCCAACUGGCCCUCCCAGCUUGCAGUCACUGCCCCAGAAAUAGUCACAGGAGAUUCACCCCUCAGAUGCCUGACUGGGAAUGUCAGUGUGUGUGACCUCCCUGUACUCCCCUGCUCCAGGUCCCCAGACUGCAGGGCGAGUGGUAAGAACAGGUACCAGGGCCUGCAGCUUAGCCCCGGAUCUACAAACAGCACCCUGGCCCCUCUAUUUCCUCUCCAAUCGGGAAUGCUGACAUUGAACCCUGCAGCCCAGGGACAGCCCAUCCUGACAUCCCUGGGAUCGAGUCAAGAAGAAGCGUACGUCACCAUGUCCAGAUUCUACCAAAACCAGUGAAUUGUGAGAAUCCCAGGACCGGGACCAUCAUGACCGACAAAGAUGAGCCCAGAGCUCCUAUACUCCCCACAACCCAAAGAUGACAAAAUUAACCCAGCACCUAUACAUCCAUAGUCCAAAGGAUUCUGAGACUUGGCCCUGACCACUCCCUGGCUCAGCAGCACCCCACAUGGGGCAGGAGCAUCCUGCCUCUAGGGUGUUGAUUUGGUCACAAUGUUUCAGGCAAACCAAACGAUUCAAUUAUUUAAGAGAGAAACAAAAACAGGAAAGAAUGAAAGAAAAGGUGGAGAAAAUGAUGGCAGAGUAAGGAAAGCAGGAAGGGAGAUAGGAACAAAAGGAGGAAGGGAGAAUAAGAAUGACUGUUACCAGUAUUGGGGUUUACAAAGUACAUGAUGUGAGUAAGGGCUCCCCACAUCUUGUCUCGCUCCAUUCUCACAGCAAUCCUAGGAGAUGGGGGCAAAUAUUAUUAAUAUUCCCUUUUCAAUGAUGAUGAAACUGAGGCUCUGUGGGGUUGAAUAGCUUGUUCAACUUGCCCAUUCAGUGAGAGGUGGAGCCAAGAUUGGAUGCCUAGGAGUCUGACUGCAGUCUCUCCCAAGCCAUGUGCCUUGUUUGUAACUAGGUGGCUAUAUUGUCCAAAGUUUUGAAAAUGAAAGGGGAGGCUAUAAAUGAUCAUUCCAGGACAACAAGCAUAAACCAGGACUGUCCCAGACAUGUGAGGACAUAUGGGUACCCAAACUAACCCAAUUGUGAGGAAGAAAGUGGGGAGAAGUGUUCUUGGAGGGUGUGAUGUGACAUGGCCAGCCAUGUCUACAGGCAGAGGGAAGCCAAGGAAAAGUCACAAAAUCCACUUCAUUUGGUUUUUCUGAAACAGUGCUUAAGGGAGAAUAAAUGAGAAGUCCAGAAUUUCUAUUGUCAGUUAUCAAGAAUAUAUGCCUCUUGCUGUCACCACCCACAUCUGCAUCCAUUGAUGGUCUCAGAAACAGCUGUUGCUGACCCUGGACACUGGUACCUUUGGGCAAUGAGCCAGGGAAUAACCCCUGCCAUGUGCUGAUGGAUGGCCCCCACCCAGAUUCAUCCACGCAUUAUCCCAAGUUCAUUAGCCUUCGAUGUUGCUGCAGAUUUCAAGGGGAAAAAGGACUUAUACACAUGCAGUUAGUGAAUGGACAGUGGCCUUGUUUUGGAAGAUACAGAGAAGAGACAUAUUACUAACAAUUGACAUUUGUCCACUUGCCUUUCUUUGGAUGAAUUUGUAAUGACCAUCUCAAACCAAAUCAAGGUGAGAAGCAAUUUCAGAUCAGGAAAGCACAGCUUUCCUCUGAGGACUUCAGACCUCAUUUACACAGAACCACCCAGGACAGAGGUGGCAGAAGGAAGCAAGGAAAGCUAUGAGUUUGAGAUUUUGUUGGCAUUUCUUAUUGUUCUUUAAGUUUUGAAUUGUUUCCUUUGUUCUGUUUUUAGUUAUUUUGAGGGGGCAUACGAGUUUUAUUGAAUUUCAUUUUAGUUUGUUGUUUCCAUGAUGAGGAUUUUAAAUCAUAGACUGAUGGACCUUUUGCUUUGGCUUUGAUGCUUGAUAAUAAUUAGACAAUCUUAUUCUUUGGUCGGGUAUCGUACUUCCCAAAGUACUUCCCUCUACAUUAGUGCUAAUUAAUACAGUACCAUAAUAGUUUAGAUUUGCAUAAUACUUUAGAUUUUCAAAGUACUUUCACAAGUGUGAUCUCCUUCAUUUACUUGACAAGCAUUUAUGGAAAGCCUGCUCUGUGGCAACCAAGGCACAGGGAAUCUAAAGACAAAUAAGUUUGGGACACUUCUCCCAUGAAAUGCAAAAUCUAAUCAAAGGGACGAACGUGAACAAAUGAUUCUAAAAACACAGAAUGCUAUGUUGGAGACAUGUUCAAAGUGCCCUGUUGGAGGACAGUCAGGAAAAGUGUCACAAAAGUGAUAUACUUGUACAUGGAAGGAAAGUUGAAUCUGCCUGGAGUGUAAGUAGCAGAAGAAAUUUCCGAUCAGUUGGGUGUUUUCUUUACAUUUUGCAGAAAUAGGAUCCAUGUCCAAAGAGGAGGUCACACAAAAACUCAUACUCAACCUGCAUCUCUUUUACUUUACUUGAACUUUAUAGAGGUCCUAUGAGGUAUUUGUUAUGAUCAUCUUUGACUGACAGGAAAAUUGGAACACAGCAAACACAGGUAAAUUCCUAAAUAUCAUAUGAGAAAUCGGGACUGGAAGCUUUAAGUCUGUAUCCCUGAUAUAAAUAGACAGUCUCUCAAAAUUUAGGAGAUAGGUCUAGGGCGACAUAAAGAUUACUAUGACCCUAAAAUCCUGUUUAGUGUUUCAAAGCAUAGGCUAUUAGGUAAAUUUAACAUGUAUGUGUCUGUCUGUUAUUGAAAGCAUUUAAAAUCCAUGUAUCAUACCCUUAUAAUCAUAACUGCUGCUAAUGCUUGAUUAUCUGCCCAGGGACAAUGUAUAAUGUAAGAUUAUGUCUAAUGUCUGCUGGUCAGAGACUAUGUAUAAAUCAGAGAUGUAAAAUGUAAGGUCUAGAUAGCAUGAAAUGAAAAGAAAACUGAGAAAUGAAUAACUAAUUUGGUCAGACAACCAUGCCUGGUUCUCAGGGACCUUGACAUAUUCUGACUGGUUUUCUACCAGCCUUUGCCUCCCUCUUCAUUCUGGUUUCCCUGGGAACCUGCAUCUAAAAAGCCACAUAUGGGGUCCUUUUAGAUGUGCAUACUCAUGUUUUCUUAGCUCUCCUGGACUGGCCUGGAAGAUGGUGAGAAUAUGUGACAGGGCAACUAGAAAUGAUACAUAUUAAAUGGCAUUUCUGCCAGCUCAGUUUUUCUUUGGGAUUAUUCCUAAAAUUAUCCAUCAUUCACUACAGUGAAGGUCUCUGAUGUGACUGUGUACUUUCUACAUGUAUUACAAACAUUUUGCAGAGCUGCUAAGUAUAUAAGUAUCCAAAGUGUGACCAUUUUGUAUUUAAUUAAUAAUAUAGAACUCUGUGACUGUGCUGGUCCUCUAUGACAACUACAAAGGGGUCACAUUUUUCUCAGCCACUGGCAUCCCUUGCUGUCUUUUUAUGGGUUUGGGUUUUCAGAGGAGCUUUUAUAUUGGGGACCAACUAUGUGCUGCUCUGUAAGGAGCUGGGCACUGGGACCUUAGAGAUGAAGCAGCCUGCUCCCAGCUCCCAAUCACAUGGGGACAAAGACAAGUAGGAACAGUUACAAUGUGAUACCACUGCUUUAGGGCAGAGUAUCAGCAGGAUCCUUAGCUUUAGCAAUUAGAAACCCAUUUUGGCUAAUGUGAGCAGAAAAUGAACCUAUAAAGGCUAUUAUUAGAGGAUUCACAGAAUACCAGGGAGAGUCAAAGAACCAGUCGCUCCAGAAACUGGAAACAGCAGCUUUCAGGGCAGCCACCAGUCCACAGAAAGUAGCCCCAGCAGUGACCAGCUUCUUCACAUCACUGACUCCUGGUUCAGUCAGGGCUGGCAUCUGGGAUGGAUGGUGCCUACAAUGAGAGCAUGCGUGGACCCUAGCAACAGGUAGCCAGGAAGGCAAUAGCUGGUGUUUUCAUCCUCUGUAGUAGGGGCUCCCCAAAUAUAGUAAGGAGGUUCAGCUGCUGGUGGGAACAAAAGAAUGACUGAAAAAGGUAAAGGAUACAAAAAAAAGACAGCACCAAAAAUAGAUAAAAGGAAGGAGGUCACCCUUGAUAAGGUUUUGCAGGAUAAGUAAGAGUGUGCUGGACAAAGAAGCCUGGAGCACAGGGUGGAUAUUUCCUGACAGAAGAAAGAGCACAUUCGAAGUCAUAGGGGAAUGAGAGAAUACGGAACAUUUGAGAACUAGCAAAUACAAAAUAGGCGGUGCCUUCUUGUCUGUCUCAUUUGGGAAUAGCAGUUGGUUUGUGGUUAUUCCAUAAAGUCAGUUAAGGGCACUUCAAUAAAAGCAUUAAACAUUUUGUUUUAAUUUAAAA